GGCCCGAGUUUCCUGGCUGUGUGAGAGGCCUGAGCCAGCCUCCGCGUCGCCUUUCGCACUCGUUUCAGUGGGAAACACGGGGGCCCUCCCCGCGCCGUCGCCGCACCUCCCGCGGGACAGAGCCGGGGCCGUUAGCCGGGGCCGCAGCCGUGCGGGUGGGGGGGCUGCGGGCAACCGGCGUAGGAGCCGGCGGCCCGGGUGAGCCUCAGGGCACCGCACGGUGUCCGGUGCAGGAGCUGCUGAUAGCCUUUGCCGUGGGUUCCGAAUGAACUGGAAUGAGGGCAAAACUGUGGGAUAUGAGACACCAACAUGAAAUUCGCAGUUACAGACCGUUCUGCCUCGCGAGCUUGAGGUUUGCAGCCUACGCAGUCUGAUAUGCAGUGCUGGAAACGCAGUGGGAGACUUCUUCAUGGGCACACAGACCUAAAUAGCUGUAAAAAUCAACGCCUCCAAGUAAAAGUCUGCUCAGUUUUAGAAACAAGGUUGACCAAGAACUGGAACAAGAUGGUAUCUGUACUCCAAAAUGUCAAGGCAACAAUGGCCUGGCGGAAACACCAGCUUCUAGGUGACUUCGAUGAGGAUGAGAGCCCUGUACCUGACAAAUUCAAGAGAAGGACUUCUUUGAGUUCUCUCAAUACUAUCCGCAUGUCUCUAAGAAAACGAGUACCAUUACAGUAUGUAGAGCUGAAUUAUCGUAGGACCCCAACUUGGGAAAGUCUGGAAGCAAGAAAGAAGUGCCAAACUCUUCAGACUAUUAAAAGAACAGCAAAAAAUGCUUUUGGAACAGUGUCCCAGAAAAUACAAAAGUCUUGCCAAAGCCAAGCAUGCUCGAUGGUGACCUUUCCAGCUGAAUCCAUCAGCAGCAACUCUGCAACCAGUUCUACCAAGAAAAGAAGUAAUACACCUCAUAACCCUUGUCAUAGGAAGAGUGUUACUCCAACAGCCAGUUCAAAAGGCACCCCAAGAUCUAGCAAAAGAGCCUUGCUUGAGCCAACAAGGGCAUCAGAACACAAAGAAGGGAGGGGUUUCUCAUCCUGGCUUGGUAAAGGUGCUGUCUCUCUUCGGAGAUCAAGAAGAGCAGCAGCACUGAAGAGCCCUUACUCAUCACCUGCUUCUGCCAGCAGAAAGAUGCAACACGCAAUAUCAAACUACUACUAUCUAAUGGCACAAAACUUACAGUCUGCGCGUCGACCUCAGAACUUUCUCAAGCUAUUGGAAGGCGAGCGAAGUAACUCCGUUGAGCACUUGGUACCUAGACAGAGGUGGCUGUAACUAUUGUUAGUUUAUGAGCAUAUAUAAAGGAGAGCUCUGUGUAGCACUUGAAAGGGUACACUCUGUACACUGAACAAGCCAUUAUGUUUUAUGAUCUUUCGUGACAAAGCAGCUCAGGACUUCCCUUCCAUUCCUUUCUCUUCUCAAGAGAACAGGAGAAUCAAAGUUGUACCACAGGGUGUUAUCUCCUGCUGUGAUGAGGGACCAUUGUGAAUGUGACGUUCAUAAGGUAUUAAGUGCUUUGAAACUCAUGUUGAUCUGACCAGUGGGAAUGGCCAGAGCAGGGGCCACAGGCUUAGGAAGGGUGAUCACAGGUAACAGUAGUAUUUAGACUGGUAUCCAAUCGCCACAAGUUUUAGUAUGAGUACUUUCUAUACUAAAAGUACCAGUCCAUUAUUUUGAAAGUCUGAAUUUUUUUUUUUCUCUUUACAAAACAACCCAAAAACUAAGCAUCAUGUUUAACUGGAAGUUAAUGAAACAGAAGUGGCUUGUAUGAGUUCUGACCACAACUGCCAUUCCAAGGCAACAGGUUUCUGCGGAGUCACUCACACCACAAGAAGAGCCACAUUAGGACUCUACUUCAUGGUCUUAAGAUUGCUAUUAGAAUAGCUAAUCCUAUUAGAGUUUAUUUGAUGAAGUAUACUAAGUGUUUGAUACCUGUAUUUUGCUUAUAAUUACUUUAAAAAAAACAAAAACCCACAACAUUAAUUUGACAAACCUUUUUUGGUAGGUGAUUCCAUUUAACAAAGUUCAGUCUUUCAAACUAAAGCAAAGAUUUCUCAAGCUUCUAGAAUUCACCAGCAGGGCUGUUUUCCAUGGCAGCAGCUUUGUGCAGGCUUCUUGGAUUCACUCUAAGAUGAACCUUCAAACAAAAGAUUGAUGUGGGAAACUUUGCUCUAUGCUUUUAAGAUGUACAUGUAAUUUAGUAAAACUGUAAUUAUUAAAAUUUUAAUGAUAUUAAGAAAAAAUAUGGGAAGCAGUCAUUUUUAAUUCUGAUUUGUGUAAUUAAUGAUUUUAAGCUUGCUCCCGUUUUUUUCUCAUCAAACUAGACUGCUUUAAAGUAGUGAAACAGUUUAUGAGGGCUGGAAACAUGAACACAAUCCUGACUUCCAGGCUUUCAGGAGACUGAGAGCUUUAGCUUGUGUUAUUUCUUGAUGGGUUUGUGUGUGGUUUUUUUUCUGUUGUGGCUUGAGUUGUGGGGUUUUUUAACCACCUUUCUAUACGGAAUGGUAGCUUGAAGUUUAUUCUUUGCAUGCACUCAAACACUUCUAUAAAGCUUUCACAAAGAUGGUGUCUCAUCACAGAAAUAUUUUCUUAUAUGAGUUUUCAAAAGAAAGGAGGUUUAGAGCUUUGUGAAAAGUCAACCUCCAGUCUAAGUAUUAUUUCAGACAGUCAGAUGUAUUAAACAGCCUCUUUUUAUACUGCUUCCACUGGCUACUAGGACAUGUACAAUGAUUCUCUAAUACUUCCCACAUCACUGGUAAGAAAAAUCAGUGACACUGCUUAAAGGCAAGGAAAUUUUUAUUUAAGUGAGUAGUCUAUUAUAAGAUUUUAAAAACCAGCUCACAUCAAAAUCUAUACCAGUUGUAGAAAUCUUAACUCCUUAUUUCAUAUUAAGAAAUUCAUUAUUGUACACUUCUGAAUCUUUACAAGGCAGCCAUAAGAAAUAUAAACAUUUGUCACCAGAUAGAACCUUCUCACUGACAAACAAUAUUUCAAAGUACGUACUUAAUAAAACUAUAGACUGAAAGAA